AUUUAAUUAAAUCAAUGAGUGAUGACGAUUCGAAUCAAGUUGUUCUUGCGAUCACCAAAGUGGGAUGCAUGAUCACUUUUUUUAUGUUAAUUCUUAUUGUGGGUAGUCUCCCAAUAAGACUCAAAGCAUUCAAGUCGAACAAGGUACAAGUAAAUCAUGAACAGCUAGAAAUUGUUGGCGUACAUGGGAGCAUUUUCUGGGGGUCUAUUUCUGGCAGUAGGUUUGGUUCAUUUGUUACCAGAGGCAGCGGAGAAUUUUGAGCAAUCUUUUGAUGACGAUGAGGAACAUUUUCCAUUUGCAUAUGCAAUAUCUAUAGCUAGUUUUGCACUGAUUCUCUUUAUUGAAAAAAUAAUAACAGAUCAUCAUCACGAUCACGGACACGAUGAGGACCUCCAUCAUCACGGGAGCAAUUCUAAAAAUACUUAGAUUUAAGAUUAGAAUCAACUAUUUGUGAAUGGGAGUGUAGAUGCAGAAGCUUUAUUAGAGAAGAAGGGUACUGAGGAGACAUUUAAGGAUGCUCUCAAUACUUAAGUAUAAAGAUUGUCAAUUUCUUUAGUUAAUUGUAGCAAAGAAAGCCUCAUUUGUACAAAUGGUGAGAAAAUCGAUAGCACAAGAUCCGAAGAAUUCAAUUGUUUACCAGGAUGUAAAUACAUGGGCUCCUUACAUCCUAUAAAUAGCUGUGGGCAUCCAUGCAGUUUUCGAGGGAUUGUCAAUAGGCAUUCAGGAGGAGGUCUCAUUGUGCAUAGGGAUAGCGGUGGUGGUUUGUUGUCACAAAUGGGUAAUAGAGAGGUGUGAAAUUAUAUUUUAGGCUGAAGGGAUGACGUUGGGUCUUGCGUUUAGGAAGGCAGGUGUGAAUAAGACGACUUCAACCUACAUGAUAUUGAUCCAGGCUAUAAUGAACCCGAUUGGGAUAGGAAUCGGAUGGAUCAUGGCAGAUAAGGGGCCAUUGUAUACUGGGAUAUUUGUAUCAAUAUCAGUGGGGACGUUUAUUUACAUCUCAACAAUGGAGACAUUGACGGAGGAGUUUUCGAUUUCACAGUACAAAUGGGGGAAGUACAUAAUCUUUUUGGUUGCCAUAGCAUUUGUGUCAAGUUUAUGGUUUAUAGAGUAAGCAGUUGGUGGAGAAUGAAUUGCUAUACAUAUU